ACGGAGAGAAUAUCUGUGAUUUGCAAAGGGAAGAAGACUUUCCUAUUCAAAAUUCAAAGCCGACUUUUUUUUUACCUAAACAGCAAUAAUAUCUUUUUUUCUCUGCUCCAGGGGGAAAUUAAAAAAGUGGAACCUUUUCAUCUCCUGGAGCGAUCAAUUUCUUUUUCAUCAUAUCGCUGACUCUCGUCUUCGUCGUCUUUGAUCGUAUCGAGGAAUUGGGUUUAGUUCGAUUCGAUCAUCAGCUAUCUCAAUUUUUCUGGGGAUUGUUCUAAAGGUUUCUAGUGACUUGUUUAAAGUGGUUGGUAUUGGAUAAUGCCUUCUCUCAUCUCACAGCAAUGGCAGGAGAGGACUAGUGGAUUCUUUUCUUCAUCAGGAACGAAGCUUAGGGAAGCAGGGCAGACUGCUGGUAGUUUUGUCGGGGAAGUUGCUAAGGAUGCGAAAGUGAAUGUUGCAGAUGUUGCAGAAAGAGUUGGGUCGUUGUUUAAAAGCCGGUGGGCAAUUCUUCAGCAGCCUGCAACUAGACAUGCCGUGCAAGAACACCUCAUAACAGCUGCUGCCACAACCGGGACUUUUGUCAGGAAGGGUAUAACUGAGACAAAGGAAAAGGUUUCUGUUGGAAAGAUCAAAGUGGAAGAGGCGGCCAAAAAGACUGCACAAAAGAGCAAGACCAUUUUGACGGAUAUCGAAAGGUGGCAAAAGGGAGUUGCCAGCUCAGAUGUGUUUGGUGUUGCGAUUGAGAUCACUGUCCAGCGGCAGGAGUCAAGCAGGCCUAUUCCUCUGAUACUAGUUAAAUGCGCAGAUUAUCUCAUAUUAACAGGACUUAAUUCACCGAACUUGUUCAAGGCCGAAGGAGAUAGAAAGUUGAUUCAACAAUUGGUUUCUGCUUACAAUCAAGAUCCUAGGGCGUCAAUACCUGAGGGUGUGAAUCCAGUUGAUGUCGCUGCACUCUUGAAAUACUAUCUUGCUAGCCUUCCGACACCACUAACUACUUUUGAGCUUUAUAAUGAAAUCAAAGAUGCACGGUCGAGCAUACACAGAAUGAGACAGUCACUCCAGAAGCUUUCCAAUGUGAAUUAUAAUACAUUGGAGUUCAUAACAGCGCUAUUGCUUCGUGUGAGCCAGAAAUCACUUCUUAACAAAGUGGGAAUAAGUUGUUAUAACACUAAUCUCUGAUUCUAGAUACUUAAGAUGAUCCUUUUUUCAGGAAUCAUAUAAGUUAUCUGAAUAUUGGGAAUCAUUUGUUUGCAUUUUGCAGAUGGAUUCGCAUAGCCUAGCUAUGGAAAUGGCUCCAGUGAUCAUGUGGCGAGAAGACAACAGGCCUGAAUCUUAUCGGGAAUACUGGAGACGCCCGUCAAGGAGUCCUAAGAAAAGUAACGACUUUGAAACUGCUACUCCAUGGGACUUGCUCUCAGAUGAAGGAGAAGGUCCAGAUGCAUCCUCAUCAAUCCCUCUAGAUGAUAUCGCACGAGUUGAUUUUGGAGCGGUCGAGGUUGUCCAGUGCCUAAUUGAACACCACAAUGCGAUUUUCACUGAUGCAGCCGAGACUGUAUGGAGGUGAAACCACCACAGUUAACCAAUAUUGAUCUGGUUACAAGAACAUAUGCAUUUUGAUCUGGAUGAUGAUUGACUAGUGGUUUCAGUAAAUAAGAUGUUGUUUCAUAUUUGGUUCUUCUGUAACAAUUUUUAGACUUUAGAACUCUGAUGAUUAAAAGAUAAGUUUUUCUUAUAAGAAAAUCAAGAAUUCGGAUUGUUUCCCAAUCAUAUAAAGCAACAACCGGAUGUGACCGCAAUUCGU